ACAAUCAUCGCCGUCAUCAAGAGAAAAAUGGUGCUGUGAAAAAUAUGCAGUUUUGUGUCGUGUAGAGUGAAAAUCUUUCAAAAAACGGUGUAACCUUGGGUGCCGCGUAUUGAAUUGUAGUUCCUGUAGUUUGACUCCGGAUCGCUAGGAUCCUUGGAAACCAUGGCGCCGGGAGCGAAUAACAACCAGAACAACAGCAAUAAUAAUAACAACAACAGUAAUAACCACAAUCGUCAAACCGGAACAAAACCGAAAACCAAAUCGUCAAAGAAAAAUUCCGUCCCCCGUGAGUUCGUCGCACCGACCAGAAGAGAUCUCCAGCAGCAGCUGAAUGUUCUCGUCGAUUGGGCCACGGUUUCUGGUGCAGCGGCCGUAGUGCAAAGCCAUCACCAGCAGCAGCAACAGCAACAUCAGCAUCCGCAUAGCCAACAGCUACCACAACCAUCAGCAGUUCCUGGACACAGUGGUUUCGGAGUUGGAGGUCACCAGCAGAACGUCUUGUUGAAACCCAGAAACAACCGAACUCCAGGCGAGGGAACGUGUUACGAAAUUGACAACCUCGCCCUACAAGACAACAGCCGUUACAUACCGGUUCGUCCGAUAGUACGCCGAAAUCUUCUGAGUGAAAGCACCUCCUGUGGUCCCAGUGGAACAGAUUCCGGAGAACCGCACAAUACCGCCGUUGGAGUAGUGAUUCCUACUACCCCUAACUCGGCCGGACUGCAGCAAACGUUCCGUCUGAACGAUACAGGCUCUUCUGUACCGAGCAUCAGCAAUUUUAUCAACAACAAUCCUCAAGCGGGGGUUGUUCAUCAUCGUCAGAAUCACAUUCUCAAUCCGUUCCAUCAGCAGCAGCAGCAGCAGCAUCAGCUGUCACAUCAGCAGCUCGGGAACCUUCGCUCGUCUCCGCUGAGCUCCCGGGUACCGGACGGUGCCUCCCAGAACCAAUUGAAUUUGAACAAAAAUUCUAACCAUCAGCAACAAUUCAACAGCGCCAUUGGUGGCGGUGUGAUCAAUCCGAAAGCAAACUUUGAUGACAAGCUGAACCAGAUCCAGGAGUACAUCAAACUAACGACCAACCUAAUAUCGUCGGUUCAGAUUGAUAACCAGCCAAAAGCACAAGCACAAACCGACGGGAAGAAGCUGAACACGGCGAUGUCCGGCGAUCCUAAUAUGGACAAUUGCUACUUUGUACCUAUCAAUUCUGCUAGUUUAGAUAGUGUGCCGAACAGCGAAUCGGAGCUCCUUGGUCCCCGGCCCCAGUCGGUUCAGAGCAUUAGCACCACCCAUUCGGCAACUCCCUCGCUGGACGAUAUACGAGAUCGGAUGGAAGGUCAGAGCAAAAAUAUGCAGGCCCUGAAGGAACAACAGGCCCACUUGCUGCGUUUGCAGCAAGCUGCCCGGCUGCAGUUGCAGGAAAUGGAACAGAUCCGGCAGCAGUCGGUGCUUCAGAAUCCCGUUACGGUAGAGAGUUUUGAAACCGUGGAGCAGGUCCAGGAAGGAAUCGGUGGCAUUAUGGAUCGGAUGCGGGUGCUGGCCACUUUCAUUCAGAACCAACAGGAGUUGGGGAAUUUGUUGGGAGGAGACAAUGAAGACGUAGUGAACGAACAGAUUUUACUACAGGAGAAGUUCCGGGAAUUGCGAGAUAAGAAAACGCAAAUGCACAACCUGGUAUCGGAGUUGCAGAAUCUGAAUGUGGAGGCUAGCCGCCAGUUUGAUGGUGCUUCGGGAGGAACUACGGAGCGCAGCAUUCCGAUCGAGUUGACUAAUGUUCCUGCCACGGCAGCUGACAUACGAAAGGCUACCAAGACUUUUAAUCAGAAUGGGGGAGAUCAUGUUAUGAUGAAUGGAUCUCGUGGUGGAUCGAUUACUCCGAAAGUGGAAAACGUGGUGGAAGCUGCAGAACAUGAUGAACGAGAUGAGGAUGAAAUUAUUAGUGGAACAGCUGAUAUAUUGAACGAAAAAAUAGGAGAAAUUAAUGCGAUGAAAUCGCAGUUGAGGCGGUUGAAGGAAAUGAUGGAUACAGUUAAGUUAAUCGAAAUGAAAACAGGGGAUUCUAUUGAUGAAGAGGAAGAUGCUCCAGAGGAUAAUGAAGAUAAUCCUGACACGGCAGAAAACUCCCGAUCUCCGAGUGUAGCCAGUCAGAUCAGUGAUCAUGGCUUAGCUACUGGGGUUGAAUCUGAGGAUCGACAGAGAGAGCAUUUGAAUCAAAGGGUUGAAGCGUUACACGCCAUGACACGUGACUUAAGAGAGCAAGCCAAGUCAAUUGCAGCCGAACGAGAUGCGUUGAAGAAUGCUAAAGUCGAAAUACAGAAGCGUCGCAACAAUGUGACCGAUCUCCAGAGACAAGCAGAUUCGCAAACUGCUGAGAAACUGACUAAUCACGUAGCUUCGUUUGCAUCGGCUCUUCCUCCGGGACCCAAGGAAAGGGAACAGAUGGCGUUGAAGGCUGAACUCGAGAAGAAGAAAAGAGAACUAGAACAGAUCGAAAAAAUGACACAAAGUAUCAAGAAAAACACGGAACUUUCUCGUCGCAACACCGAAGUUUCGGUUCCACCUAAAGUAUCAUCGGUAUCUUCGGCUGAUUCGCUCAGAUCUCAAAGCCAACCGCCUGUUAUUCCUCCGCCACCGUUAGCAUCAGCUAUAAACAAUACUAGCGCGAGCAAUGCUACUAAUCAUUCUAAGAACUCCGCCGAUUCGGGCGUUACCGAUAUAUUUGCCAACGUAAGGCUGGAAUCAGGAAGUUGCCAGUCGAGUAGUACUCGCAGUCUGAAUAUGGUUCCUCCUAUGCCAGAUAUUUGUAAUCGACCCGAUCGUUAUCGCAAAUCGGAAGAUGCCGUUGGGCCGUCUGGUGCUCGGGUAGAUCGUACUUCUCCCUGGCCUUCCCAUCUGUUCAGUGGAGCGGGACCAUCUAGUUCCAACACUGGACCACAGAGCCCACAUUUCCAUCCCUUCGCAGUUGGUUCGGAUAUCCAUCUGGCUUCGACGUAUCCAAACUUUGCCAGCUAUCCUGCGUAUACAAAUCUGCUUCCUUCGCAUACCCCAAAUUCGGCACCGGUUUUGCCCCCUGAUCCACUCAUGUUCCAACAUUUUAUGCAAACACAGCAAAUGUUGAUGAACUCAAUAACGCAAUGCAACCAACUUCUGUGGAUUCAACAAAGGGAGAUUAACAAUCUGAACAACGCUGUCUUAUUGCUCCAAGAAAGAAUUCUCAGCAGCGGGCAUAACAAUAAUCUCUUGAAUGAUGGCCACGUACCGGGAGCAGGUGCUCACAUCCGUGCAGAAUCGACUCCGCCAAACAAUACCAUGAACACUGGAUCUUCUUUUGCUGAAGGAUCGGUCUACAGCAGAGCCAGAUCGGAACAACCAAAUUUGGCCCAUCAACAGCAACAAACACCCUCCUCUCCUUAUCAUCCUUCCAUCCCAUCUGUUCCUCUAUCUCAUCAAGUUCAACACCCGUUACAAGUUCCGUUUGGGGUAACCAGUUCCAACCAGUUCCAAACGUUCUCGCAAUCCACCGUCCCGACUAGCAGCACUCCCACCACCAGCCAACAUCCGCAAUUCUCGGUCAACGCUCAAAUCCAACGCAAUAACACUAACCUGUCGAAUGCCUCUGCUGUGAGCACCAGAAACUAUCGCAAUCUACGCCACGUUAACAUUAACACUGCUAAUAAUGCAAUCUAUGAGCAGCAGCAGCUUCAACAACAACAGCAACAUCAAUCGAUGUUUGAUCACCACACCCAUUCGAACAACUUCAUGAACCUGCAGAAUCCUCUCCAGAAUGGGAUUGCCUCAAGAAAUGAAGAAUCUCAGACCCAACAACCCGCUGUCUUCAACAAUGCUUCCUCAGCGGCAAUGCUAGGGAAUAACGUCGUCGGUCUAGGUCCCUCCAACAUGAUCAACAACCUGUCCAAUGGUGGACCAACAACGGCUGCGGCAACGGCAACAACCAAUCAGCCGCAAACCAACUGCCAGUUGAAUAACCUUAACAACAGCAAUCUCACCAGCAACCAGCAGCAACAGCAGGCACUCAACAACCAGGUGCUACCUGGAGUUCGAGCCAACAACUAUUGGGACAAUUUUAGGAGUUAUUCAAGACAAAAUCUCCUGUCGAGCAAUAGCUGCAAAAGCAACGAAGAUUCGUGCGUUUCCGCUGCUACUGGCAGCUGUACCAACAACAUCAACAACCAGAUUCAGCGAAACAAUAGCAGCAACAUCCACAGCAAUAGUAACAACAACAGCAAUGCCAGUUGUGGCAACGAUAAUUCGGCUGGCGCUGGGUGCAGUUCCAGUGGGAAGUAUCCGCAGAAUUUCAACCGUAGCAAUGUGAAUCACCAUAACGUUUCGGACUGUGGACCUAGCAUGCAUCAAACGACUUCAGCUAAUCAAUCGAUACAGCAACCACAACAACAACAGCAACACUAUCAAUCGGUUACAACAUCCCAGCCGGCUUCGCUUCAAUCGGAUUCGAGUACCUUCCAGCAGCAUCCACACGGUCCCUCAACAACUUCCCAGUUCCAGCAGCAUUCGCACCACGCCCAGCCAUCGACUCAUCAUCAUCACAGCACCUUGAAUCAAUCCAACUCGUUCGAUCUGGGAGAGCUACAGUUCCAUACCAACCCUAUUAACCUAGGGCUAGCGAACAAAAGUCAACCGAAGGCUAGCGGUCACAAGAAGUACCCACUAUCGUUGCGAACCUGUCGAGAUGCAAGCCUCGGUGGGGAAGCCAAUUCAAAUUUCUAUCGGGUGGGCGCCCACGCAGAAAUGGUCAGCGACUUGAAUCUGGCUACCGCCAGCAACUACCAGCAUGACUCGAAGUCAACAUCAAAAUUGUUCGAAGCGUUGAAGGAAAACGUGUACCAAGAGGUGAAGAAUUUGAUAACCGCCAACGAAUCUCGGCCGCACUUUUUGAUACAGCUAUUCCGGGAGCUGCAGCUGAUUUCGUCGGAUCCACUGCGGCAACGAACCUUACAGUCGAUUCAGGAGUUAUACAAUCGUUACAUUGAAACGACUUUGCAGCAGGAGCAACAUCAUCAACAACAACAACACCAGCAACUUCAGCAACAACAACUCCAACAACCAGAAAGUCACGUGAACAAUGUGGGUAGCAAUAAUUUACUAACAUCAACCGGUGGCGCGGAUGUUUCCACGGGAUCUCAACCACAGCAGUUGAGUGCCGAAAAUGUAGAAGUUGUUGAGUUAGAAGUUUCCCAAAACUUUAACAAUGUCAGACAGCAGCAGCAGGGCUUUCAAUUUUUACCAUCCGCUGAAAGUACACCAAUUGCCGGCUCUUCAGUGGUCAAAGAUGGAAACGAACUGUUGGGAAUGGCCAGUUCAGAAAUCAUCAACAUCAUCAUGGGCGAUAUAGUUGGGGUGAUAAAUUCGGUGGAUUACAUAAAUGAUUCGGUACUCUGCAAAAUUGCCGGUGUAAUAUGGAACCAUGCUACCGGUGGUGCUUCGGGAGAUCAAUUUCAUCAUCCACUGCCACCGCCUCACGACGGACUGCUGGCCAGUUCCAUAUUGGGUCCUUCGAUGGCCGCCUUUCUGACCCAGAAUGAAUCGGAAAUCAUAAGUCGAGAGGAUUUCCUGCGACAUCUAGAGAGUUGGAAUCGAACGGAUAAGGACGAGUUUAUUUCAAAUUUGGAAAAUCUGCUGAACAACAUUUUGCUGAGAUCAGCAGCUGAAGGUGAAACUGCUGGGAUUGUAACAUCUUCAAAUUUAAAUGGUGUCGAUGAGGAAGGGCAAAUGAGAUCGCAACAACUUCAACACGAUUCAAUGUCUAGCUACAGUAAUAGCGCUCACAACAACACAACCGGAGACGUUAGCACCGAUAAUAAUGAAACAUUUCCCUCCUAUUCCGGAAACGAGAAUCCAUUUUCACCUCACACCCCGGUUGGAGCCGUUGGUGGUCAAGGACGCCGAGUCUACGGAAUCUCCGAGAGUGACAAAAUUUCAUGCAGCAAUGGAAUCAGCAGCUCCAACGGCUAUGCUUCAACGACUUACGAUUUAGCCGAAGCCGAUCAGGUUUGUGAUCUGGAUAAAUCUCUACCCGGAAGUUCGGUCGGUGCUGUGGGUGGCAACUCUUCGAGCAGGUCCCUGGAUACAAUAGUUCAACCGUCCGGAUACGACGAACGUUGGCGGGUUUUACAAAAGAAGCUGGAUGAUGAUAUAGUCGAAAUGAUGGAACGCAACCGUUUGGCCGAGGAUCAACAACAGCAGCCAUCACAACAGGCUCAACGUGGACGGCCCAAUGAAGACUGGCAGGAUGAGGAUGGCGAUGGAAAUUUAGACCCAGAGGAAAAACUUCCGGUAUUUUACUGAGACUCGUACUGCCUAGCAUGUAGUGAAACAAGAAAAGAUCUCACCAACAACCAGAUUUAUCAACCCGGCCAAGUCAUGACACCUGCGACUGAACCACUCUUGAAACGGUUCGGUUCCCACAAACAACAUCACAAUCUAAUGAUCUCAACUAUUAAACAUCGACUUCGUUCCCUUAUCGGGGAACCGACCGUAAUUAACUCUGAUAGCAAUUAUCAGCAACAGCUAUCAGUACCGGAGAAUCGCAGCUGCUUCACAAACCAUCACUGUUCUGCGGUGCUCUUUCGACUGUUCUAUGUAAUCGUAUCUAUCCUUCUGGAUCGACGUUGGUACUAUUUGCCAUUCCCGAAAGGAAACCGCCAGACUUGAACAAACAGGUAACACAUACACCCAACAAAUUUUAAACAAACCCCUGUCCCUUUGUCUAGGUAUUUAUUCUCGAAUUGCAGGAAUAUUUUCACUUAAAAAAAUUCCUACCGUAAACGCUUCAAAAGCUCUACGCGCAAGCUACUAGCUACUCCUAUUCUCACUCACUCUGUUGAUGAAUUUAGACGACAUUUAAAGGACUCAGUACUAAUGGACAAAAUAUAUAACUUAUUAUCAUCCUUGA